GGGAUUUUCGUGGAUGGUCUUCGUCAGUUUGGGGGGGCGGAGGUCCCUUCUAUUCCAGGUUUGUUGACUUUUUUCUGUGUCUGUUGAGACAAUGGUGUGGUUUUUGUCCUUUAUUCGAUUAGUCUGGCAUACUACAUUGAUUUUCAUAUGUUAAUUCAAUCUUGCGUUUCUAGGAUAAAUCCUACUUGCUAAUUUUUAUAUGUUGCUGGAUUCAAUUUGCUGGUACUCAGUUGAGCAAUUCUGCAUUUAUAUUCAUAAAAGAUGUUGGUCUGUAGUUUUCUUUCCUUGUGAUGUCUUUGCUGGGUUUGGUGUCAGGGUGCUCCUGGCUGUGUAGGAUGAGGUGGGAAGUGUUCUCUCUUCUUCUUGUAUUUUUGGUGCUUUCUCUUCACUGCAUCUCUAGGUGUUUCUCAGUGUAACUGCCUUGCUCACUGGGGUCCAGCACUUGGCCCAGCCAUGUCCCUAGAAGUUUACAGUUUACUGCGUCGACCACACUUGACCACGAAUACCCAUCGGAUAUUGGAGCCUGUGAAGAGGGUGUGGUGAGAGCCCUUCUCUGGGUAGAUGAAAAGUCAGUGCUCUGAAACCCUGCACAACAGCUCUCAUGUGGCCAUCAGUCAGGCCUUGGGGGAGCUCCUGCAUUUUUCUGGGUUUCUGUGAAGGCGUUUCAGAGCAAGGAGCAUCUGCUCAGUUAUGCUGAGGCCACACAGGAGCGAGGUGCGGGAGGUGUCACCCCUGCAGGAAGUGGGAGCCCAUCUGAGAAGCCCCUCAAGACAGUGUCAGCCACAUACCAGAAGGGAGCAAGGGGCUGGCUAAGGCAGAGUGUUCCAAGUGGCACCAUCUUGCCUGGGAGUCCACCACUCUGUCACCAGCCUGCUGAGCCAGACAGCCUGUAGAGGCCCCUAACGUCCUAUCCCACAAACCACAUAGAAACCUGACAACAUGGAGAGAGUUCUGGGGGAAGAGGAUGACUGUUUUGGUUUUGCUUUUCUCGGAUGGAUUGUCCUCAUUUUGCUGUAAACAAGUUCACACCCUGUCACACCAGCCUUUCCACUUUCAAAGGAGUGGAAAGAGCAGAAGGACAAAGACCCCUCAGCCCCAGGAAUAAAUAAGCCUGGGGGCUUUGUGAUGGUCACGUGACCAGACAUGUGAUGUGUCCCCAUGAUGCAGGGACUGGCAUGAAGCAGAUGCUCAGUCCAUGACACCUCUCACAGAUAUCCACAAGUAGGGAGCCAUUGUUUGGGUCCCCUAGGCUUGACAGUUGCUCCUGGGCUGGGAGGGGCUGCCAUUGAUGUCUGAGGGCCCCUAGGUGUGCCCUAAGCUGGAGGGCUGGAGGUCGUCCCCAGGGCUCUGCUUGCCUCCUUUCAGGACACUGUCUGUAGCUGGAAGCUCAGAACAGCCAGCAUGAGUUCUGCCAAUUUACAGAACACUCCCCACAGCCGGGCGCUCCCUUGUCAGUGGGUGAGGGUGGCUUACUGCCAUCCCAUUGUGCCAGAGGUCAGGGACUGCCCAGGGCCUCUCAGCCACAUUCAGACCCUCAUCUUACCAGCGUCUUGCCUGACUCCCGCAGCCCCAACACCUCCCAGGGUCGAGGGGCCUGGAUGGUGCCCAGCUGGUGGGGUCUGUGUGUUAGGAUGAGGAAUCAUGUAGGGUAUCAGCAGCAGUGUUAACUGGGUGGGCUCCAGAUCCCUCCCAGACCUGGACCUUAGCCUCCACCCACCUCCUGAGGCCACCCUGGUGACCUGGGCUAGUCAGUUACCCUGUGGCCUGGGCUUCCUCAUCUGUGAGCCAGGCACAGUCAUAGGGCUUCCCCAGAACCUGGUGAGCUCUUGUCUUGACCGUGUGAGGUGUGGGCAGGGUGGGCUGAGUGCGUGUGGGACUGUGAGGCAGGGUCCAGUGCUGGAUCUGGCACCCAGGGGUGGAGCAGGCCCAGCGUGCUGAGGGGCAGCAAUGGGGACAGCAGGGGAUUCAGAGCAAGUCCUGUGUGGUUGAACUCAGCCAGAGAGGUCAUGAAGCCUAGGGUACCUAGGGACAGCGGUGUGGCAAAAGUUUCUCUGGCACUGGUGAAGCAACAGUGUGUCAAGGUGCAGGGUGGGGACGCAGGGCCUUGGCAUUGGGCGCAGGGCUCAGGGUGCCCCCCACUCCCAGUGGGGUGAAAUGAUAGACCAAACUGGAAGGCAGGGGAUGGGGCAUGAACAUCACUGUCUGAGGUCAGGUGGCCACCUGGGUGAAGCCCAGGGCCACAGCAUCACUCCAAUCCUGGGUCCUGGAGGCCUGGCCCCAUUCUUGGGAAGCCUCAGGUUUCCAAUGUGCUCUGGGAUCCCAGAGCACAGGAGGGGUUCCUAGCCUGGCUCCCUGGGGCUGUCCCCUCCCCACUCUCAGGACCCCUCCCAAACACCCAGUCCCUUGCUCGAGAGGCAAGCCGAAGGGAUCCCCACACUUCCCUGUGGCCUCCUGCCUACCCGGCUGCCAGGCCCUGAGCCUGCCUCAUCCAGGCCUCCAGCUGCCAGUGGUUCCAGGCUUGGGUCCCCAGGGCAGGGUCAGAGCAAGGACUGAAGGCUGGUCAGGACCCAGGGAAACCUGUCACUCCCCUCUCAUCCUUGUAGGUGCCAGCAGCUGACUUGGUGCUCCUCUCAACUGCCCACCAUGGCCCGGGGGCUGCCCAGCACCUCCAGCCUGGCACACUUCUGCCAGAAGCUGAACCGGUGGAAAACACCGGAGGAGCCCACCACAGAGACAUCACUGCGGCGUUGCCUGAGCACACUGGACCUGACACUGCUGGGUGUGGGUGGCAUGGUGGGCUUUGGCCUCUAUGUGCUCACAGGCACCGUGGCCAAGAGGAUGGCUGGCCCUGCGAUGCUUGUGUCCUUCAGCGUGGCCGCUGUGGCCUCCCUGCUCACAGCCCUAUGCUACGCGGAGCUUGCAGUGCGUGUGCCCUGCAGGGGCUCUGCCUACCUGUUCACCUAUGUAUUCACGGGUGAGCUGUGGGCCUUCCUCGUUGGCUGGAUCAUGCUCAUCCAGUGCCUCCUUGGUGGAUCCGCCGUGGCCCGCAUCUGGAGCAGCUACCUGGAUGUCAUCUUUAGCCACCGCAUCCAGAGUUUCACUGGCCCAUGUGGCCAUCUGGCAGUUGCCCAUCCUGGCCCGGUACCCAGACUUCUUGGCUGCUGCCAUCAUACUUUGGUCUUGGCUCUCAUCUGCUGUGGAGCCCGUGUCUCUUCCUGGCUCAACCACACCUUUUCUGCCAUCAGCCUGGCCAUCAUCCUCUUCAUCAUCAUCCUGGGGUUUGUCCUGGCCCGCCCGCACAACUGGAGUGCUGAGGAGGGCGGCUUUGCACCCUUUGGUUUCUCUGGCAUCAUGGCUGGUGCUGCCACCUGCUUCUACACCUUUGUGGGCUUUGGCACCAUUGCUUCCUCCAGCGAGGAGGCCCGGAACCCAAAGCGAGCCAUUCCUAUGGCCAUCGCUAUCUCAGUUGGUCUGAUGGCUGGUGCCAACAUCCUUGUCUCCACUGUGCUCACCCUCACGGUGCCCUGGCACAGCCUAGACCCUAACUCAGCCCUUGCUGAUUCCUUCCUCCAGCGGGGCUAUAGCUGGGCGGCCUUCAUCGUGGCAGCUGGUGCAAUCUGUGCCAUGACCACUCUCCUGCUCACCAUCUUCUUGUUCGUGCCACGCAUGCUCUGUGCCAUGGCUGCCGACGGGCUCUUCUUCCAGGUGUUUGCCCGCGUGCACCCCCGGACAUGAGUGCCUGUGGUGAGCCUCCUGGUGUUCGGGAUUCUCAUGGCUUUCCUGGCGCUGCUGCUGGACCUCCAGGCACUGGUCCAUUUCCUGUCUAUUGGAACACUUCUGGUCCUCACUGUCCUGACCAUUAGCAUUAUCAUGCUACGCUUCCGAAAGUCCCCUCCAUCCAGUUCUCAGGGCCCAGGCAGCCCUGUGGGCAGAGAGCAGACCUCAGCCCCUGAGCCCGGGCAGCUGCGACCAGCCCUGAGGCCCUACCUCCGCUUCCUGGGUGGGUGCAGGCCUGGAGCCGCUGUGGCCUGGGCCCUCGGUGUCCUGGUGGCCUCAGCCAUCACUCUGGACUGCGUGCUGGUCUUCGGGGACUCGGCCCUGCACCUCCCGCCCUGGGGCUACACCCUGCUGCUCCUGCUUAGCUCCGCCACGUUUCUGCUCAGUCUCCUCGUCCUGGGGGCCCACCAGCAACACCACCGGCAGGACACCUUUCAGGUUCCCAUGGCGCCCCUGACUCCCGCCCUGAGCAUCCUCCUCAACAUCUUCCUCAUGCUGCAGCUGAGCUACCUGACCUGGCUGUGCUUGUCCAUCGGGCUGCUGAUUGGACUUGUGGUGUAUUUUGGCUAUGGCAUCUGGCACAGCAAGGAGAACCAGCGGGAGCAGCCGGGGUUGACUGCCACACACGGCAGCCUGGAGGAGAUGGUGCCAGCCCUGCAGUCCCCCAGCCAGGCACCGGCCCAGGAGCCCAGACUCACGGAGCAGCCCUCUAGUCCAUGAGGACUACUGGGACUUGACUGCCCUC